UUGGCAGACGGCGAGCGGGCCGGAGAGCGGCCGGGCCGAGCAGCGCCGCCGCCGUCGGGCGCGCAGCUCUGCAGCGCCGCGAACGCCUCGGCGCCCGCAGCCUCAACAGCCCGGCGUCCCCGCAUUGUCCGCGGCCCCGUCGCGGAGAUCCGGGACGAGCGUCGCGGAUGGCCGUGUUCCAGAUAUUAACAUUCUCAGAAGCCUGACCUCCGCACGGUUUUCGGCACAUCCUCAGACACUCACAGGAGACGAUGAUGGCCUCCCCGAGGGGCAGGUGCUGACACUUUCCCCAGUCCCUGCCGCUGUUCAUCCUGACGCCAUUUCCCAUCUCAGUAUCUAAAUGCCACAGUGCUCUUGGGGCAAGUUGGGCUGGGAACCACUGUUGCCUUGUAAGACCAUAAAACCAUGGGAAACGCAGAAAGUCAAAAUGUAGAGCAUGAGUUUUAUGGAGAAAAGCAUGCCAGCCUGGGCCGUAAGCACACAUCCCGCUCACUGCGCCUGUCACACAAGGCUCGGCGGACGAGGCACGCGUCCUCGGGGAAGGUGAUCCACAGGAACUCCGAAGUGAGCACACGAUCCAGCAGCACGCCCAGCAUCCCGCAGUCCCUGGCCGAGAAUGGCCUGGAGCCCUUCUCCCAGGAGGGUACCCUAGAGGACUUCGGCAGCCCCAUUUGGGUGGACCGAGUGGACAUGGGCUUGAGACCUGUGUCGUACACCGAUUCUUCUGUCACUCCCAGCGCGGACAGCAGCGUCGUCCUCACAGCCGCCUCUGUGCAGAGCAUGCCAGACUCGGAGGAGACCCGGCUCUACGGGGAUGACGCUACGUAUUUGGCUGACGGAGGCAGGAGGCAGCAUCUCUACACAUCCAACGGGCCCACUUUCAUGGAGACGGCGAGCUUUAAGAAGAAACGCUCCAAAUCUGCAGACAUCUGGCGGGAGGACAGCCUGGAAUUCUCACUCUCCGAUCUGAGCCAAGAACAUUUAACAAGCAACGAAGAGAUCUUGGGUUCCACCGAAGAGAAAGACUGCGAGGAGGCUCGGGGCAUGGAACCCCGGGCGAGCCCCCGGCAGCUCAGCAGCUGUCAGCGUGCCAAUUCCCUGGGUGACUUGUAUGCUCAGAAAAACGCCGGGGUGACGGCAAACGGGGGGCCCAGGAGCAAGUUCGCAGGCUACUGUCGGAAUCUGGUGUCUGAUAUUCCCGAUCUUGCAGACCAUAAGAUGCCACCAGCUGCUACCGAAGAGUCUCUUCCCUACAGUAAUUACAACACACUCCCCUGUAGGAAGUCUCACUGUCUUUCUGAAGGUGCCACUAACCCACAGAUUAGCCAUAGCAACAGCAUGCAAGGCAGAAGAGCAAAAACAACUCAGGAUGUUAACGCCGGCGAGGGCAGUGAGUUCGCGGACAGUGGGAUCGAAGGGGCCACCACCGACACGGACCUCCUGUCCAGGCGAUCCAAUGCCACCAACUCCAGCUACUCGCCCCCCACCGGCCGCGCCUUCGUGGGCAGCGACAGCGGCAGCAGCUCCACCGGGGAUGCGGCCCGCCAGGGGGUGUACGAGAAUUUCCGCCGGGAGCUGGAGAUGAGCACCACCAACAGCGAGAGCCUGGAGGAGGCGGGCUCGGCGCACAGCGACGAGCAGAGCAGCGGCACCCUGAGCUCGCCGGGCCAGUCGGACAUCCUGCUCACGGCCGCGCAGGGCACGGUGCGCAAGGCCGGGGCGCUGGCCGUCAAGAACUUCCUCGUGCACAAGAAGAACAAGAAGGUGGAGUCGGCCACCCGGCGGAAGUGGAAGCACUACUGGGUGUCCCUGAAAGGGUGCACACUCUUUUUCUACGAGAGCGACGGCAGGUCUGGAAUAGACCACAACAGCAUCCCCAAGCACGCUGUCUGGGUGGAGAACAGCAUUGUGCAGGCUGUGCCUGAGCACCCCAAAAAGGACUUCGUCUUCUGCCUCAGCAAUUCCCUGGGUGACGCUUUCCUCUUUCAGACCACCAGCCAGACGGAGCUGGAGAACUGGAUCACCGCCAUCCACUCCGCCUGCGCAGCGGCCGUCGCGAGGCACCACCACAAGGAAGACACGCUCCGGCUUCUCAAGUCUGAAAUCAAAAAACUGGAACAGAAGAUUGAUAUGGAUGAAAAGAUGAAGAAAAUGGGCGAGAUGCAGCUGUCUUCAGUCACUGAUUCAAAGAAGAAGAAAACUAUAUUGGACCAGAUCUUUGUUUGGGAGCAAAACCUUGAACAGUUCCAAAUGGACCUAUUUCGUUACCGCUGUUACUUAGCUAGCCUCCAAGGUGGGGAGCUGCCAAACCCCAAAAGGCUUCUUGCUUUUGCAAGCCGACCAACAAAAGUGGCGAUGGGCCGUCUUGGGAUCUUUUCUGUAUCAUCCUUUCAUGCCCUGGUGGCAGCUCGCACUGGUGAAGCUGGAGUGAGACGUCGUACUCAGGCCAUGUCCAGAUCUGCCAGCAAGCGGAGGAGCAGGUUUUCUUCCCUUUGGGGUCUGGACACUACCUCCAAAAAGAAGCAGGGACGCCCCAGCAUCAAUCAGGUGUUCGGUGAGGGAACGGAUGCUGUAAAGAAAUCUUUAGAGGGAAUAUUUGAUGACACUGUUCCAGAUGGCAAGAGGGAAAAAGAAAUGGUGUUGCCCAGCGUCCAUCAGCACAAUCCCGACUGCGACAUUUGGGUCCAUGAAUAUUUCACUCCGUCCUGGUUCUGUCUGCCAAAUAACCAGCCAGCCCUGACCGUCGUCCGGCCUGGGGACACUGCCCGGGACACCCUGGAGCUGAUCUGCAAGACACAUCAGCUGGAUCAUUCUGCUCAUUACCUGCGUCUGAAAUUCCUAAUAGAAAACAAAAUGCAACACUACGUUCCAAAGCCCGAGGAGGACAUUUAUGAGCUGCUGUACAAAGAAAUUGAAAUUUGCCCAAAAGUCACUCGGAACAUCCAGAUUGAGAAGUCAGAUACGGCCAGUGAUAAUUAUGGGUUUUCACUUUCCUCUGUGGAAGAAGAUGGUGUUCGAAGGCUGUACGUGAAUAGUGUAAAGGAAACCGGUUUAGCUUCCAAGAAGGGCCUGAAAGCGGGAGAUGAGAUUCUCGAGAUCAGUAAUCGUGCUGCAGGCACCCUGAACUCCUCUGUGCUCAAAGAUUUCCUCGCACAGCCGUCCCUGGGCCUCCUGGUGAGGACCUGCCCUGAGCCCGAGGGAGGCGUGCAGCUGCUGGACUGCCCGCCCCACCGAGCCGACGGCCCCGUGGACCCCAGCGAGAGCCCCCUGGCCUUCCUCAGCAGCAACCCAGGACACGGGCUCUGCAGCGAGCAGGGCAGUAGCGCCGAGACCGCUCCGGAGGAGACCGAGGGGCCGGACUUGGAAUCCUCAGAUGAAACUGAUCACAGCAGCAAGGACGCCACCGGGCCUCAGCUGGCCACCAUGAGGCAGCUCACAGACGCCGACAAGCUGCGCAAGGUGAUCUGCGAGCUCCUGGAGACGGAGCGCACCUACGUGAAAGACUUAAACUGUCUCAUGGAGAGAUACCUAAAACCUCUUCAAAAAGAAACUUUCCUCACCCAAGAUGAGCUUGAUGUGCUCUUUGGAAAUCUAACCGAAAUGGUAGAGUUUCAAGUAGAAUUUCUGAAAACUCUAGAAGAUGGAGUGAGGCUGGUACCCGAUUUGGAAAAGCUUGAGAAAGUUGAUCAGUUCAAGAAAGUGCUGUUCUCUCUGGGGGGAUCCUUUCUGUAUUACGCUGACCGCUUCAAGCUCUAUAGUGCCUUCUGCGCCAGCCACACGAAGGUCCCCAAGGUGCUGGUGAAAGCCAAGACGGACCCGGCUUUCAAGGCGUUCUUAGACGCCCAGAACCCGAAACAGCAGCACUCGGCCACCCUCGAGUCUUACCUCAUCAAGCCCAUCCAGAGGAUCCUCAAGUACCCGCUUCUGCUGAAGGAGCUCUUUGCCCUGACGGACGCCGAGAGCGAGGAGCACUACCAUCUGGACGUGGCCAUCAAGACCAUGAACAAGGUUGCAAGUCAUAUCAAUGAAAUGCAGAAAAUUCAUGAAGAAUUUGGGGCUGUGUUCGACCAGCUCAUUGCUGAGCAGACUGGUGAGAAGAAAGAGGUUGCAGACCUGAGCAUGGGGGACCUGCUUUUGCACACCACGGUGAUAUGGCCAAACCCACCGGCCUCCCUGGGAAAGUGGAAAAAGGAGCCAGAAUUGGCAGCCUUUGUCUUCAAAACUGCUGUGGUCCUUGUAUAUAAAGAUGGCUCCAAACAGAAGAAGAAACUUGUAGGAUCUCACAGGCUUUCAAUUUAUGAGGACUGGGACCCCUUCCGAUUUCGGCACAUGAUCCCCACUGAAGCUCUGCAGGUUCGAGCUUUGGCGAGCGCAGAUGCAGAAGCAAACGCUGUGUGUGAAAUUGUCCAUGUAAAAUCUGAAUCUGAAGGCAGGCCGGAGAGGGUCUUCCAUCUGUGCUGCAGCUCUCCAGAGAGCCGGAAAGACUUCCUGAAGGCUGUGCAUUCAAUCCUGCGUGAUAAGCACAGAAGACAGCUCCUCAAAACCGAAAGCCUUCCUUCAUCCCAGCAAUAUGUACCUUUCGGAGGGAAAAGAUUGUGUGCGCUCAAAGGGGCCAGGCCGGCCAUGAGCCGGGCAGUGUCUGCCCCAAGCAAGUCUCUUGGGAGAAGGAGGCGGCGACUGGCUCGAAACAGGUUUACCAUUGACUCUGACGCCGUCUCGGCCAGCAGCCCGGAGAAAGAGUCCCAGCAGCCCCCCGGUGGCGGGACACUGACGUGGGUCGAGGAACAGUUUGAUCUUGCUCAGUACGAGGAGCAGGAUGACAUCAAGGAGACAGACAUCCUCAGUGACGAUGAUGAGUUCUGCGAGUCCGUGAAGGGCGCCGCAGUGGACACAGACCUCCGGGAGCAGCUUCAGGCUGCCUCCAUCAGUCAUCGGAGAGAGGCCGGAGAGCCCCUGGAUAGUCACGCGUCCCGCAUGACACAACUCAAGAAGCAAGCCGCCCUCUCGGGCGUCAAUGGAGGCCUGGAGAGCCCGGGCCAGGAAGUCAUUUGGGUUAGGCGCGAAGACUUGGCCCCAUCCAAGAAACUGAAUACUGAGAUCUGACUGUCCCUUUCCCCCUAGAGAGCGUGUGUAGAUACCGCCCCCUCUCCCCGCCCUGCCUCCACUCUGCCCCCCAUCCUGUCCCCGCGAGGAGGAGAAUGUUCCCUUAGGUCGCACUCUUGCACACAUGGCCUUGGUGUCUGACUCUUGUUCCGAAGCCACAUAGCCACCCGACGUCGUCAUGUCUAGAGACAUCGUAAAGAAUUGCUCAGAAUCCCAAAUAAGCUUGAGUCCUAUCUUCUGUAUAUUACUAAGGGCUUUUAUUUAUUCUCAACUAAUCAGGGCCAGAAGAAUUAAAAAAUUAAAAAAAAAAAAAGAUUCUACAGCACUGGAAAGCGAAUGACCCCCCCCCCCCCAAGGAGUUUAAAGUAUGUACACAGAUUAGUCGAAGAGAUAGCACACAAAAAUAAAAUAAAAUUUAAAAAAACUAAUAAUAAUAAAAAUCACUCUAUCUGAAAUCAGACGAGGAGCCAUCUCUUAGUUGGGGAAACCACCUUCAAACACAAAAACGCCACAAAGCAACUGUACAGCUUCACAGUGUUCUUACUCCUUUUCCCUCUUCAGUGUCUGAGAAUAUCUGUGUAUUUUAAGAAUGUGUGAGGAGACGGUGGAGAUGUAUGUUUUGAUGAGCUGUUGUUUUUUUCUUUCUUCUUCUUUUUUUAUUUCUCUCUUCUGUUUUGAUCUAUGGCUGGUCUUACUCAAUGUCCGUGUUGGAAGUUCUAGUUUUGCAUAGAGUUGUAAAGAUGCCAAACUCUUUGAGAAGAGAUCCAAAUUUAUCACUUGAAAAAAAAAAACAACACUAUUUUUUGUAUUUUACCUGAGGUGCAGAGGCACAAACAGAUGAGAAUUUUACAGUGUUAGUGUAACUGAGUCUUAAAAAAAAAAUGAGGAUUUUACCUUUUACAGAGAGAGUGAGGCAUGGUGAUUUAUAUUUAUAUACGAAAGGCCAACGAGAUGCUUAGGAGAAAUUUUUUUUCCAAGAAGAUUUCUUUUUGUUCUUUUUUUUUUUUUUUCCUAAUGUUUGAAUCUCUAUCUGAGAUGGGAGCUUGGCUGGAUUAAACAUGACACCCGGAUGGGCGUGUGUGUGUCUGUUGCACAUGGCGGGGGAGGGGAGACUCCUUCUCAAGGGGUUGCCAUGGUGAUCAUUGGUUUUCCCAUUAAAGUUGCAUCCUCAUCCAUAGAUUACCUAUCCCUUCCCUGACAGUCCAUACCAAACCUCUUAACAAAACAGCCUCUUCAAAACCAUCCUUUGUGUUUCAUACUUUCUACAUGCCAAUGAAACAGGGUAAACAUGCUAAAAAUCUCACAUUCUAAACAGAUUUCCAAAUAGGAAGAACAAAAACAAGUUAAAGCACUUUCGACUUUUUUUUUUUUUAAACGGUUUAUAGCUUUUUUUUUUUUUUUUCUUCCCAUUUCACAAUGUCCACUUCCUAAGAAGGGUUUAAAUAAUAUGAAAACUUUCUUUUUGGGGAAAAUAUCUAUUUGGUGUUUGACACAUCAGUAGGUACUUUAAAGACCUGAAUUUUAUAGUAGCUUUAGGAAUUAUAUUUUAUAAAAAUCAGUUAUGACUUUAUAUUUCCAGACAAUAGAGAGUUCAGAACAUCAUGCUUCUAUGCCCCUGCUUGCUUUACCCGCUCUCCCACCUGAUAUCCCUCCCCUUUUUGGGUUUCCAGGGCUUUGAGCUUGAUCUUUUGAAAGUUUUAUUCUAUUAAAUUUUUGCUAUAUCUUCUGAUUUUCUUAAAAAGCUUUAGAAUGAUUUCUAUACCCUUUGUACCACUGCAUUGUUCCAUACCUCCAGUUCGAUGAUGUCCGGAUGGAAAACUGAAGCGAAGACUUCUGAUAUGUCACACUUACUAAUCCCAGUGCAACACUUCCGUCUGAAAAAUGCUGGAAAGUCUGGUGCUUGGAGAGGGUGCCAUUGUCUCUUGUACAUAAGGUCACGACGUGUCUAUGUCAAAAGUUCUUAUAUAUUUCUUUUAUAAGCUGAAAGAAGGUCUAUUUUUAUGUUUUUAGGUCUACGAAUGGAACGUUGUAAAUGCCUGUCAAACAAUAAAAAUACUGAAAAGUA